CUCAGCGAGUCUGAUGCUGAUCCAGAGCAGCACUAUCAGAACCACUGCAUGAUCAGCACAUACAGCAAUCAUGACAGAGCGUUUCACACGCUUCUAGACUUCCUCGGAUGGACAUGGAGCAAAAUCAUUUCAAAUUAUUUUUGAAGAAUCUGCCGCUGUUCUUUCUUAUCCUGGAACACGUGAAACCUGCAUUAUCAGACGGUUGGAUCCAUGCACACGCAGAAGACAAACUCUUUAAAAAACUCUUCAUCGGUUACAAUAAGUGGUCCAGACCUGUGCGGAACAGCAGUGAUGUUGUUAUCAUCAAAUUUGGCCUCUCGAUCGCUCAGCUUAUUGAUGUGGACGAGAAGAAUCAAAUGAUGACAACAAACGUUUGGCUGAAACAGGAAUGGAACGAUUAUAAACUGCGCUGGAAUCCUUCUGAGUUUGAUAAUGUGACGUCUAUUAGAGUCCCGUCAGAGAUGAUUUGGGUGCCUGACAUUGUUUUAUACAAUAAUGCAGAUGGGGAGUUUGCGGUGACCCACAUGACCAAAGCCCACUUGUUCCACACUGGAAAGGUGAGUUGGGUUCCUCCAGCCAUCUACAAGAGCUCCUGCAGCAUUGACGUCACCUUCUUCCCAUUCGACCAACAAAACUGCAAGAUGAAGUUCGGCUCCUGGACCUACGACAAGGCCAAGAUUGACCUGGAGCCGAUCGAGAGCACCGUGGACCUGAAGGACUACUGGGAGAGCGGCGAGUGGGCCAUCGUCAAUGCCGUGGGAACCUACAACACAAAGAAAUACGACUGCUGUCAUGAGAUCUACCCGGACAUCACCUACUUCUUCAUCAUCCGCCGUCUGCCUCUGUUCUACACCAUCAACCUCAUCAUUCCCUGCUUGCUCAUUUCGUGUUUGACCGUGUUGGUGUUCUACCUGCCGUCAGACUGUGGAGAGAAGAUCACCUUGUGCAUUUCCGUCCUCCUUUCCCUCACAGUUUUCCUGUUGCUCAUCACCGAAAUCAUUCCUUCGACGUCUCUGGUCAUUCCACUGAUUGGAGAGUACCUGCUCUUCACUAUGAUCUUCGUCACCCUCUCUAUAGUCAUUACUGUUUUUGUGCUUAACGUGCACCAUCGUUCACCAAGCACCCAUAAAAUGCCCCGUUGGGUCCAUACAGUGUUCCUGGACCUCAUUCCCCGCUGGCUCUUCAUGAGACGCCCAGAACUCGACCAGAAACGCCACAAUAUGCCCAUCCCCAGCACGUCCGAAAGCUGGCUCCAGCAGGAGACGGAUGUGGAUGGGCUUAACUGUCAGGACAAGGAGUUCGGGUUAAGGAUGGGAAUAUCCACGUCUCUGCAUCUGUCCGACUCGGAGCCUUUGCUCCAGCAGUUAGGACACGUGUUGAACUUGUGUCAGCGUCCAGCAAAUCUUACAGAUCUUGUGUCAGACCCCACUCUGACCUUCUCACCGUGUGUCCUACAGGCUCUGGACGGGAUGCGCUACAUCGCUGAUCAUCUGCGUGCUGAGGACGAAGACUUCUCAGUCAAGGAGGACUGGAAAUAUGUAGCAAUGGUGAUUGACCGUAUCUUCCUGUGGAUGUUCAUCAUCGUGUGCCUGCUGGGGACGGUCGGCCUCUUCUUACCUCCCUGGAUAUCAGGAAUGAUCUGAAGAGCCGAGACACAGACCGACAUCAAGCGCUCCGAUAAGGACUUCCCCGAUGGAAGCCAAGGCUUUUCCCGGAGACCAUUACAAACAUUUGUUAUAGAAAAAAAUGAUUUUCAUCUGACUUUCAUCUCUUCCUUUGAUGAGAGAUACCCGCUCGUUCAGGGAUUAUUUGUGAAUGUGGUUCAUUGUUACAACGCAGGAAACACAUGUCACCUCCCGCUGAAUGCCUGACAUUUACCUCUAUCAAACUCCUGUCGUCUCCAUGCAUAAAGAGCAGGAGCGUCAACACCGCAAUAUGCUAAAUUAACCUUUGGGAAAGAGGCUAAGCUUAUGUGUCCCUGACGGGUGGCAGUUCAAUUCAGUUCACUCUUUAACCUUCAUCCAACUGUUCAAUGAAUCGUAGAUUGCAUUUUGUGCCGCUUUCAGCAGCAAUUAUCUCUAAGGUCAGAAGCUCACUCCUAUUUAUUAAAAACUUUCUCAAGUCUGAAAACACAAUGCUUUCGAUAUUGCAGAGGUCGUGCAAUUAUGCAAGUCGGGUCUGUGAACCAUAUGGGUUGAUUACUUUUAAAUGGGACCUAAGUGAUUUUUACUACUUGAAAUGACCACUGAACUAAAAUAGUGUUUUGUCAAACAUGAAAAGAAAUUAAAGCCAAAAUGUUGGAUAACAACUAGGAUGAGCCUUUAUCUGCUGCAAUCAGGAAUGAAUCCUUAUGUUAAAAUGCCUCAGUUGAUUUACUUAGUAAUUAAUAAACUGACUCUAUCUGACACACAUAUCACUUAAUAGCGUCAAUUUACAGCUGUGCAUUAGGUCCUUAAAGGAACACGCCACUAUUUCAAAAAAUAGGCAAAUUUUUCAGCUCCACUAUAGUUAAACAGUUGUUUUACCAUUUUUGAAUCCAUUUUUAUGUAUUUGAAAUGUGCAAAUAAAUACAAAUUAUAAAAAAAUUAA